GCGACUACGAAGGUCGCCAACUUCAUCUUCUCAAUCCCUCACUCCCACAUAUCGCAAUCAUGUCGCUGCAAAACAUCACCACCGUCGCCGAAAGCAAAGAGCUUCGCGGGCUCAACCUCAUCGCGGCGCAUUCCCACAUCCGCGGCCUCGGUGUUGAACCGGACACCUUAGAGCCCAAGUCGUCAUCGCAGGGCCUCGUCGGGCAACAAAAGGCACGCAAAGCUGCGGCGGUAAUACUACGGAUGGCACAGGAAGGGAAGAUCGCUGGGCGCGCGGUGUUGAUUGCAGGACCCCCGAGCACGGGCAAGACCGCGAUUGCGAUGGGAAUGGCACAGUCUCUGGGGCCCGAUGUACCGUUCACGAUGCUGGCGUCGUCGGAGAUAUUCUCUUUGGAGAUGUCGAAGACGGAGGCGCUUACGCAGGCGUUCAGGAAGUCGAUUGGUGUGAGGAUUACGGAGGAGAGUGAGGUUAUUGAGGGAGAAGUUGUCGAGAUCCAGAUUGAUCGGAGUGUCACGGGUGGAAACAAGCAGGGCAAGCUCACGAUCAAGACUACUGAUAUGGAGACGAUCUAUGAUAUGGGUACCAAGAUGAUCGACAGUAUGACGAAAGAGAAAGUUAUGGCUGGAGAUGUCAUCUCUAUAGACAAGGCCUCGGGCAAGAUCACAAAGCUCGGCCGCUCGUAUACAAGGUCUCGCGACUACGACGCGAUGGGCGCAGAUACCAAGUUCGUUCAAUGUCCCGAUGGCGAAUUGCAAGUACGACGCGAAGUCGUUCACACCGUGUCUCUCCACGAGAUCGAUGUUAUCAACUCCCGAACGCAAGGUUUCCUGGCGUUGUUCUCUGGCGACACUGGUGAAAUCAGGAGUGAGGUGCGGGAACAAAUCAAUACCAAAGUAGCCGAAUGGAAAGAGGAGGGAAAGGCCGUCAUCGUACCUGGAGUACUCUUCAUCGAUGAGGUUCAUAUGCUGGACAUCGAGUGCUUCUCGUACAUCAACAGGGCGCUGGAAGACGAUCUGGCCCCCAUAGUCAUAAUGGCAAGCAACAGGGGUCAAACACAGAUACGAGGAACCUCAUAUCGAUCACCUCAUGGCCUGCCGUUGGACUUUCUGGAUAGAGUGGUCAUAAUCAGCACAUUGCCAUAUUCAAGCGAAGAUAUUCAACAAAUCCUUUCCAUUCGUGCAGCUGAAGAGGAGAUUGACCUCACGGCAAACGCACUCGCUCUGCUCACGAAGAUCGGAUCUGAAGCAGGGCUACGGUACGCAAGUAACUUGAUCACAACAUCGCACUUACUUGCGCAAAAGCGCCGUGCCAAGGAGGUUAGUGAAGAGGAUGUCGAACGGAGUUUCAAACUAUUCUACGACCCCGGGAGAAGUGUGAAGUUCGUAUCCCAAUUCGAGAGUCGCUUCAUUGGACCCGAAGGUGCUGUGAAUCUAACGGCCACUAACGGUGCAGAGGCAAUGGACGUUUCAUGAGGGGCAAAGUGAAUGGUAGACAGAUUUGAUAGCAAAGGCGUUUAGGCAUAGACACUCGUAGGCAGGCUAAAAGUGAGCACCCUAUGUACCAAUAUUGUAUCGCUAACAGGCGUGAGAAAACUAUGAAUAGUCUAUUGAUGGAACAAUAGAGUCGUGUCAUCAUUCAGGAUAUGCUGGGUGGGCCUUCACUGUGGCGUACAAUAGCUAAAGUUGACGCACUUUCACAUUCUGACUCACGUCAAUAGGCAAAAUAGUUUGGGUAUGAGUAAUCGAACUUAAUUGCACCCCCUUGCCUCUAUAUGCCCCGGCACUGGAAUGACUUUACUUUAAUUCCAUUUACAGUUUUUUGAGAAAUUCACAACAUACCUUUAAUACAUCAACAUGGCAUACGACUUAGAUAUGAAGUCGAGAAAGG